UGCGGGGAGGGUCGCGGGAGGGUGGCGGGAGCUGGUGUUAGCGACAGUGGCCACGGGCUGCUGGCCUCCCAGGGCCGGGACAGGGUGUGGGGGCCUCUCCCGCGGACAGCACCGACCCCGCGCCUUGGCAGACGGCGCACUGGGGCCCAGCGCGCGCCCUGCGAGUUUGCGCUGUGUUCUCAUUUCACUGGUGAGGAGACUUAGGCAGAGAGGCGGAGACACUUGUCCAAGGUCACGCAGCUGGUAAGUGGGAGCGCCCAGCAUGGGACCCAGCACCGUCCGGCUUCAAAGCUCGCGUUCCGCCCACCCCGCCGCCGCCUCCAGCGAGAGGGGAGGUGGUCUGCAGGGCGCGUCGCCGGGACCACCGGGGCUCCAGGCUGGGUGUGACCACUAACCCUGUGAAUGACCUCGGGCUUUAACCUCUUCGUCGCUCUGGGCCUUGUUUCUCCACCUGUGAAAUGAGGGUCUCCAUCACCCACCUCCAUGCUUCGAAUCCUGCUCUCUGCCCAGAAUUCCCCUGCUCGGCUGUCUGGUCUGCUGCUUAUCCCGCCAGUACAGCCCUGUUGUUCGGGGCCCAGCAAGUCGGGGGACCGGCCUUUUGGAGGAGGCCCUGUGCAAGGCCUUCAACGGCUUCUGGAACAGGCACGGAGCCCUGGGGAGCUGCUGCGAUGGCUGAGCCAGAACCCCACCAAAGUGCGAGCUCAUCACUACCCUGUGGCCCUUCGCCGUCUGGGACAGCUCUUGGUAUCUCAGCCUAGGCCCUCCCCUGUGGAGCAGGCCACACUGCGGGACUUGAGUCAGCUCAUCAUCCGAAACUGCCCCUCCUUUGACGUGCACACCAUCCAUGUGUGUCUACACCUUGCAGUCUUACUUGGCUUCCCAUCAGAUGGACCGCUCCUGUGUGCCCUGGAGCAGGAGCGAAGGUCCCGCCUUCUUCCAAAACCACCCUCCCCACAUCAGCCUACCAUCCAUGGUGGGCAAAGGUUGGAAAUGGCCCUGAGCUGCCCCCAUUUCCUGCGGUACCCUCGUCAGCAUCUGAUCAGAAGCCUGGCAGAGGCAAGGCCAGAAGAACUGACUCCUCAUGUAAUGGUGCUUCUGGCUCAGCACCUGGCCCGGCACCGGUUGCGGGAACCCCAGCUUCUGGAAGCCAUUGCUCACUUCCUGGUGGUUGAGGAAGCCCAGCUCAACAGCAAGGUGGUACAGAAGCUGGUUCUGCCCUUUGGGAGGUUGAACUACCUGCCUCUGGAGCAGCAGUUCAUGCCCUGUCUUGAGAGGAUCCUGGCUCGGGAAGCAGGGGUGGCACCCUUGGCCACAGUCAACAUUUUGAUGUCACUGUGCCAGCUACAGUGCUUGCCUUUCAGAGCCCUGCAGUUUGUCUUCUCCCCCAGUUUCAUCAACCACAUCAAUGGCACCCCUCCUUCUCUGAUUGUGCGACGCUACCUCUCUCUACUCGACACCGCCGUGGAGCUUGAACUCCCAGGGUACCAAGGCCCCCGCCUUCCCCAAAGACAGCGAGUGCCCAUCUUCCCACAGCCCCUCAUCACUGACCGUGCCCGCUGCAAAUACAGUCACAAGGACAUAGUAGCCGAGGGGCUGCGCCAGCUGCUAGGAGAAGAAAAAUACCGCCAGGACCUGACUGUGCCUCCGGGCUACUGCACAGACUUCUUGCUCUGUGUUGGUAGUUCUGGUGCUGUGCUGCCGGUGAGGACACAAGACCCCUUCCUGCCCUACCCACCACGGUCCUGCCAACAGGACCAGGCUGGCUCUAACCCCACAACACAACACUCCACCCAAAGGGUGGUGCUGAUGCUGCGAGAACGCUGGCAUUUCUGCCGGGAUGGCAGGGUGCUUCUGGGCUCUCGUGCUCUGAGGGAGCGGCACCUGGGCCUGAUGGGCUACCAACUCCUGCCGCUGCCAUUUGAAGAACUGGAGUCUCAGAGAGGCCUGCCCCAACUCAAGAGCUACCUGAGGCAGAAACUUCAGGCCUUAGGCCUCUGCUGGGGACCUGAGGGUGGGUGAGGGAGUACAGACAGGGCUCAGGAUGGAACCCCUAUUGGGGAGGGGGCAAUUUGCACUUUGGCUCCCUGUUGGCUUUUUCAUUAAAAUCCCUUUCCUUCCCCAUGGUGAGUCUCAUUUCUG